AUGAAGCUUCGCGACGUGGUCACCUUGGUCACCGAACUGGAUAUGGAUAUAAAGGAGAGCCAAAACCAGCCUGACGCGCGCGUGGAGCAGCUUUGGAAGAAGCUUGACUACCAGGACAACAUGACUCCUGGUACCGCCGUGGUGCACGUCCGAUUCGCCAUGCCAGUAUUGAAAAAUAACAGCACAUUGCGAAUCGACCGCAAAUCACGCUGUGUGGACGUCACUGCAUCGAUAGCACAUCCCGCUACAGCAGAUUUACUGGCUGACUUCUCUGUUGUCCGACCCAUAGUGACUGGCAACGCGAUCCAAGGCAUCGACCUGGCGGUCGAGAAAGGAGACUUCAUUGCUGUCCUGGGCAAGAGUGAUCCCCUUGGCCAGGUCGCGUUAGCCAACCGUCUCCUGGAGGCUGGUGCAAAUUCCAAUGUGCCGUACCGAGUCCAGAGUAGGGAGCGGUCACCGGUACUACGAUCCAGGAGCGAGCGUGCCGCGCGACAUCGGGAUCCCGAACAGUUUGAAGAAGAGACCUACGGAUUGGAUGCACCGCAUGGGUUCGAAGACCACUGUCAGUCCCUGUGGCUCCGGCCGCACAUGCAAUCCGCGCUGCUCAUUGGACCAGUCCAGAUCACGCCUGAGACCGAGAUUCUUCGCACCGUCAAGCCGGACAGCUCGUUCCUGACCCAGCUCGUACGAUGGGAGCGAAGCACCAUCCAGUCGUUCCUCCGCACGCUGUGGAAAUUGCCUCAGAUUUACCGGUAG